GCUUCCUACUUGUCUAUGUAGCCCUUUUUGGAAUGUGUGCUCCAGAUACUUUACUUUUCUUCCCUAAAGCAGAAGUUUUAUUUAAAAUAAAGCUACUUAUUUGGUACUUCUGGGCAAUCCUCUUUUGAAGAACCACAGCAAUGAGUGGCUUUGGAGCCCUACUUCGAAGAAACCAGUUCAUCCUUCUGGUGCUCUUUCUUUUGCAAAUUCAGAGUCUAGGUCUGGAUAUGGAUAGUCGUCCUACCACUGAAGUCUGUGCCACACACACAAUUGCACCAGGACCCAAAGGAGAUGAUGGUGAAAAAGGAGAUCCAGGAGAGGAGGGGAAACAUGGAAAAGUGGGACGCAUGGGGCCGAAAGGAAUUAAGGGGGAGCUGGGUGAUGCAGGAGACCAGGGCAACAUUGGCAAGACUGGGCCCAUUGGCAAUAAGGGAGACAAAGGGGAAAAAGGUUUGCCUGGAAUACCAGGAGGAAAAGGCAAAGCAGGCACUGUCUGUGAUUGUGGAAGGUAUCGGAAAGUAGUUGGACAACUGGAUAUUAGUGUUGCUCGCCUCAAGACAUCUAUGAAGUUUGUCAAGAAUGUCAUAGCAGGGAUUAGGGAAACUGAGGAGAAAUUCUACUACAUCGUGCAGGAAGAGAAGAACUACAGGGAGUCCCUGACACACUGCCGGAUCCGGGGUGGGAUGCUGGCCAUGCCAAAGGAUGAAGCUGCCAACACACUCAUCGCUGACUAUGUCGCUAAGAGUGGCUUCUUCAGGGUGUUCAUUGGGGUGAAUGACCUGGAGAAGGAGGGACAGUAUGUGUUCACGGACAACACUCCACUGCAGAACUACAGCAACUGGAAGGAGGGAGAGCCCAGUGAUCCCUAUGGUCAUGAGGACUGUGUGGAAAUGCUGAGCUCAGGCAGAUGGAAUGACACGGAGUGCCAUCUUACCAUGUACUUUGUUUGUGAGUUUGUCAAGAAGAAAAAGUAACUCUGCUCCUGCCACCCAUUUGUUAUUUCUCUGUGUCUACCAUUGCAGUUAUUUUUAUACAUCUUUUUCUUUCUAAUUACACCAAAUUCAUUCUGAUUCAAGACAAGUAGAAAAUGCUAAACUGAGGUUUGGAAUCCCCAUUGCCAUGGUCUUCUUUGAACAUUUUCAUUUUGAACAUUUUCAUACACGGUAUAUCGUUGAGCCAAUAGCUCACCAAGUUAUAUGGAUCCUGAGAGAGAGUUUGAAUUACUAAUUGUGUAGAAUGUGGUUGUCUAUGUGUCAGAUGAAAUGUUCUCUUGGUAUUUGCUCUGCUGCCUCUCCGUAGACCCCUAAACCACUGUCUAGUUAGCCCAGUGGAUAAUUGGACAGUUGGUUGGUGAAGAUUAGGCUAACUUGCCCUUGCUCAAAGCCAGACAUAUGGGAAGGCCUUCUGUUAGGAAUGUAAAGAUGUUAUCUAACAUCUUUGAAGCCAAGAUCCUCUAUUCUUUGACUAUUCAGUUACCAUUUCUAUAGCCAACUCAAAAGGGCUUCUUGUUUGCCCAGACAUAAAAAUACUUCAAUCCCAAACCUCUCUAUAUGAGAACCUUUUAGCCUGUGACCUGUUCCAGACUGUAUAGAAUCACACAGAGAACUUCCAUGUUUCCGAUUGACAGCCUUCACUGAGGUCUACCAAGUAGUUACCUCGGUCUCUUUCUAUAGGACCACAGCUUAAUUCCUGAGCUCCAAGUUUUAAUUUUGAUUUGAGGAAAGGUGAACUUCAGGCAUUGAAAAGAGAGAGAAAGAGAGAGAGAGAGGAUUUUUUCCAAAAAUAUAAUUCUCCUAUUAAAUUUCCCCUUGCUACUAAUAUGACUACAUUUUUCCUUAUCUUAUAUUUGGCCAUAUCAACUUUUCUCCCCUUAUGCAUGGAGAAUGAAGGAAGAAGUUUGUGAAGACUUCAGAAAACUCUAGAAGCCUCAGGUGCUACCAAUGUUAAGUUGAUAAGUCUUCUCCUCUUUGCCUCUAAUAUAUCACUUAUGGUGACAUUUCAUGAGAGGCCUUUUACUUUCCAUAACUAUAUGCUGUAAAAACCUCACCAGAGAUGCCCUUUGUAGUAUUCUGAAAUCAUAGGAAUGUGGCAGGUGGAGAGUUUGGAACAUGCCUAGGACUCACAUUUAUUGAGCUGGAAAAACUCUACUUUGAACUGCCAAUCAAAACUCAAAGCAGCUUUCCUUUCAAAUUUGAAAAUAAUAUAGCUCAACAAAACUCUAGAUUUUCCCCCUUAUAAACUGUUUCUCCAGUUAUAGUUUGUGACAUAUGAUUAGACUGUUUAAAAUGCUGGCAAAAUGGUUAAUGAAAUAAGAGAAACAGAUCAACAACAUAUGUUCACCUUAAACCAUCUGUCCAUGAUUUCACCCAUGACUAACUGGUUAUGAGAUAAGAUUUAAUUAGGUUAUUUCUGUCGGUUUAUCGAGAGUCACAAACUCAGGUCCUAUAGGGGCCAUACAAAAUGACAUAAAUAAAUCAAGGGAAAUGGGUGGGGAUCCUAGUACUGAACAUAGCUUAUUCUUCUAAAGAAACCAGCUCUGCUGCUCCCCUGCCUCUGUCACCACCAUGCUUGCUAUGGAGAAUGCAAUAUCACCAUAUGUUCUGAUAUUUCAAGAUAGUCAGACGGAACUUUAUGAUAUAUAUUCAUUUAAAAAUAUUGGCAACUAGUCAAUUUUUAGACCAAGUUUUAAGUCACACAAAACAGUCUGCUAGCCAAAAAAAGGUGAACUUUUCAUUUCCCACCUCUGGGGAAAAGUUCUGAAGGUUCUAUCCAUGAAGAAGGUCAUUAGGAUACACUGACAUCAAAGUCAAGGUCUCCCAUUUACACUUCAAUCCAUUCAGCUCAAUUACAGGAAUUUGUUCAAUGUUUGCCAUUCAUCAGGUUAAUAAACUACGUAUUUAGGCUUUUGAGAAUGUGGCAUAUGAUAUUUUGAAGGCAAGGCAGUUUAAUAAAAAUUACAAAGCAAGACACUAUAUCAAAGCCAAUAAUCUUGAGUGGAAUGCCAGCCAGUCAAGGGCAUGACAAACAAGAACUGAAGAAUGGCUGGAGGAAAAGAAAGAGAUAAGAGGAAAGCAGAGGGAAUACACAGCAAACAUUGCUUAGAGGCAAGUGGCAGUGGGAUCCAUAUUCUGAUCUAUCCUAGGUGGCCAAAGUAUUAAUAUUUAUUGUGUGUACUCUAAGUACUAUUAUUAUUAUCCUCAUUUUAUUAAAACAUUUUUUUCAAUGACUCAUCUUUGCUGCCAAUGCUUCCAAGAGAUGACAGAGUGUCUAAGGCACCACCCACUUAAUUAGAUUUAAUAUAAAACUUACUUAAAUUUUGUCAAGUUCUUUGUGCUUUACAAAAUAAACACCCUCACACAUUAUGUCUUAUUUGAUCCUGAUAAACUGUGCUGUAGAAAGGGAAGACAUUUUUACUGCCAUUUUCCUAAUGAGAAUACUAGGCCUGAGGAAGCUAAGCAAUUUAUCAAAGUCGACUCAUUUGGGAGAAAAGCAGGACUCCAGCCAGUGUUCUUUCCAGCCUGUUUACUGUUCAUUUUAAAUGGCAGCUCAUCCAUGAUUCUCUCAUAGCAGGAACUCAACUAAUCUCUCUUGAUUAGUUUCCAAAGCUAAACAUUAGAGUAAAGAAACAGAGAUGCUGGGGACUCAGAAACUUACCUUACAAAUUUGGUGUUCACCAGUUUAUUUUUCAAUUCAUAAAUUGUCCAUAUAUGGCAUUAGUGUUGGGGAGGUGACUUAGUACAGCCUCACUAUAGUUCUGUAGAUAGCUCCGAUAAAGGGAAAGCAAAUCAGAUGUAUGAAAAUCAAGAUUUGCUCAAAAUAAAAAUGAAAUAAUUUAUUUGCCCCAUAAAAUUAAUGAGAAUUCCCUUAAAUAAUAAGCAUUUAAAAUCAAUUUUAUUCUCAAAGCGUUAAGUUAAUACUCAACUUUUCAGGGAUACAUCUGUGUACAUCACAAGGACUACAUAAAAGUUCCAAGAGAAGAAAAUUAAAAAAAAAAUACAUUUACAACCUCAUAGUACUGUCUUUUCAAAGCAACACAUUCCACAGCAACUAGGUAAGAAGAAAUAUCUUAUGUCCAGAGUUAUUUUCCAAACACUGUGGAAAGGUGUAUAUCCAAUGUUGAGACAAAUAUAAUAGACAUUGAUUAUAUUUUGGACAAGUUACCCUUAAAAACUGCUGGCACUAAAAUAUAUAUACAUAUAUAUUGUUCUGCUUAGAUCUAUGUUAACCAUAUAUGGGCUGAUUUGUUAUUAACCAACUAAUUUUCACUUUUCUGGAUUGCAUAAUUUGAGACAAUAAGAUAUUUAUUGAAGAGGAAAGAUUAAUUAAAUUGCAGCACCCAGUGCAUCAUUAAUAGAUUAAAGCCGAACAUCUGUAGGUUUCUCUUUAAUAAGAAAAUCAUGACAGGAUUCCAUGUAGUACUCUGAAUCUUUAAGUGUAUCACUUUAAAAGUAAAAAAAAUCUAGAUCUGGUGCAUGAUGUCAUAAAUUCCAAUGCCAACUGUGCCACCUAUUAGCCCUAUUAGGGGAAAAUUUCUAUGCUUUAAACCUUGUUUUCUUAAUCGGUAUAGUUCCUCCUCACAGAGUACUGUGACAAUUAAAGAGGUAAUGUGCAAUGAGGUAAGAAACAGGGUACCAGCCAGACACCUUACAUGAGUGCAAUAAAACUUAACGAUUACUACCAACUACAUGUUGAAAAGAAACAAGUCCGGUUUUAAGAUACAGGUUUCACCCUACUACACGAAAGUAGAGCUUUCCUGUGAACCUUUUGUAAACUGAAAUGGUGAGAAUUGAAGAAACAAUUGCUAUUAACUUAUAUGUAAUAUUUCUGAGUGUUCCCAACCUCUUCCCUCCCCCCUCUCCUAAGGCGCCUCACUUAGGCUUUUCUAAUACCUUAGGACACAUCUUGAUAACGAUGCACAAAAUAAAGUAAAACACAGGUGCUCACAGUCAGGUCAGAGCUCUGGUAGUUGAUGCUGGGAUGCUGAGUGUAGGUCCCGGGGAAGGAGGUUGGCUGGGUGACUGUCACUGUUUGGAGCGUAGCUGCCUCUAUCACGGCAGCUGCCAAACCGGCACUGUGUUCACUUUUCAGCCUUUUUCCCAUAAAAGUGGAAAUUCUCUUCGGAUGUCUUUCAGUUACUGAAAGCAGGUACCAAUACAGGUCUUCAUAAAAGCAAAGCACUGAAAUGCGAAUUUCCUGAAGUUGGAGGGUUAUCUAUAUACAUUCUAUAUACAAAGAAUCACUUUAGUGAGAAACUAUAUGUAAACCGCAUAUACACUAUAUGUAUGUAUAUAUGAAUAUGCUGUAUAGGUGUCUCUGUGAGUGUAUACACAAACAGGUCACUUUUCUUAUCUUCAUUCCUAGAUAAAAUUUUCAUCUUUAGGGCAGUGAAUAUAUCUGCCAAAAGUUGCACUCCUGGUUAGAAUUAGCAUUGAGACUGAUUCUAAACCCAUUUCUACUUUUGAUUGAUUCUAAAACCAUUCCCACUUUUUCUAAGAUGCAGUUCAUCUGAACUCAUAUUUAUCACAUAAAAAGUAACUACUUUUUUAAACUUAAAAAUGAAAUCAUCAACUUGCACCAUGUUGAGGUUGUAAGACCUUCAUAAUCUAGCCGGUAAAAUUUGAGGGGGGAAAAAGAAAAAUGAAGGUGAAAGGAAAGGAACCAUUUGUCACAGAUAUUGUAUACGUGAAUAUUUUUAUGAAUAUAGGAAUUUCUUUCACUGCACUCCCAACAGGUAGUCAAGCAAUCCAUAUAUGAAUGUUUUUGGUAAUUUGCUAGCCCUGUUAGAGAAAUCUUCCUGAUGGUGAACUAAAAUAUGCUUCCUUCUAGUUUCCACCCAUUGCCCUUGUUCUGCUCUUUGCUAUUUAUAACUUGGGGAGUUCUGGCCCAGAGAUAAGCUGGAGUAGGCUCUUAAUGAAAGUAUGAAUUGGGGCAGGGACAACUGUCCUCGCUAUGGCACUUACUAUUAGGAUAGAUAUCUAGUUUUAUAAGUUUCUCUAAACCUAGGUGAUCUGUCCCACACCCAAUGAAUUCAAAUUUUGUUGGUGAGGCAUGAGAGGCACAGAUGUAGAAUAUAAAUGGUAUUCAAAGUCACUUGGGGCAUCUCAGUCAUAAAAAAAAAAUCUACUUAUUAGGAAGUUACAUGGUGGGCAGGGUUUAACCCCCAGAGAAGAGGCUAUUAAAAGGUAGAUGGUUUGGUAAGGUCUCAUUGAGAGAGUUCAGGGCAGGUGUCCAGUGCCAGUGGGAGAAUGAAGUCAAAAUCAGAGUCCAUAUUCAUAAAGCCUAUAUGAUGUGCAAUGGCUUGGGUGGAUAGUAGAGUUCAUUAAUUCAUCAAAUAUAUUUGUGGAGUAUUGAAUAUGCAUUGAAUAUGUGUUAAGUGGCACCAUGAUAAGGGCUGGAGAUACAAUGGAAAAGAAGACAAAUCAGGUUUCUAGACUCAUGGGGAGAACUCUCAUCAGUUUCAUUGAAUAUCAAGCCUACCACACUGAGGCCCAAGAUUUAUCCCAUUAUUAGGGAUGGAAUAUAUAAACCUGUUCUAUUUUUAUAUGUGCUUCCUCUUCAACAUAACAACUCUUCAAAGAUAUAUUAAAAUAAGUUGGAUGAGGAAAUUUUUUUUGUAACAGUAUUUCAUUACCCUUUCUCAAAGAGCAACAUAGACAUAUCUAUGAAUACAUUUACACAUUGACUCAUUUUGAUGUGAACAAAAAGUUCUUAUAUCAGUGUGUAUACUCACCCACACCAUUUCCUCACAAAGAUAGAAUGUAUCUUCGUGGUUGUGCAUAAAUGAGCAUUGACACCUGGCAAUUGACUUAUUUUUUCCUGGUGACCUACACCUGACAUUCAGUGAAACCCAGAUUUGCCAUAGACCGUUAUUUUCAUAAUAAAAUAAGAACAGAUAGGAGGAAGGAAGGCACAGUGAGUUAGAAACUUUACCAUUUCUUAAAAUGUGAGUAUAGCAACCCCAGAUCAAUCACCAUGUUGGCCUCUGCAUUUGGGAAAUAAUGGAGAUUAAUGUGUGUCCAUACAAUUUUAAAGCAAUAUAACCCUUUGGCAUAUUGCAUUUUUCACUUUAAAACCCUUAAGCAGACUAAUUUAUCAAUAGUUAACUUACUCUUUGUGUAAACUUGGUUGGUGGGCCUCUGGGAGAAGGAAUGAA